CUUCAACCAUGAGGAGUGUGUACCUCUUGCUGCCCGCACUGCUACUUCUCCUGGCACUGCCCGUCUCCAGGGGACGCUACAACGAUGACUUUGACGAUGGGGAAGACCUGGCAGACUUUGCAGACGACAAUGACUUUGCUGAGUUUGAGGAUGUGAGCGAGGACACUGCGGCCGAGCCAGAGACGGCCCCUCCACCCCGUGGGGCCCCCCCUGCUCAGCCUGCUGAGGACGAUGAGGAUGAGGCCACAGUGGAGCUGGAGGAAGACGGACAGGAGGACGGCUUUGAGGAUUCCGAUACACAGGAUCAAGACAUGUACAGCAAGUACGAUCCAGACGAGUUUGAUGGCAUGGAGAAGCCCAGCCAGUCCCUUAAAGACCCUCUGAUCAUCCACACAGUGCCGGCCCACCUUCAGAACAGCUGGGAGAGCUACUACAUGGAAAUUUUAAUGGUGACGGGCCUGCUGGCCUAUAUCAUGAACUACAUCAUCGGCAAGAACAAGAACAGCCGUCUGGCCACAGCCUGGUUCAACUCCCACAGAGAGCUCCUUGAGAGCAACUUUGCCUUGGUGGGUGACGAUGGCACCAGUAAGGAUGCAGUGAGCACCGGGAAGCUGAACCAGGAGAAUGAGCACAUCUACAACCUGUGGUGCUCAGGUCGAGUGUGUUGUGAGGGCAUGCUCAUCCAGCUUAAGUUUGUGAAGAGGCAGGACCUGCUGAAUGUACUGGCCAGGAUGAUGAGGCCAGUCUGUGAUCAAGUGCAAAUCAAAGUUACUCUGAAUGAUGAGGACAUGGAUACAUUUGUGUUUGCUGUGGGCACCAAAAAGGCCAUGGCCCGGAUGCAAAAGGAGAUGCAGGACUUGAGUGAGUUCUGCAGUGACAAGCCCAAGUCAGGGGCAAAGUACGGCCUUCCUGAGCUCCUGGCCAUCCUGACAGAGAUGGGUGAGGUCACGGAUGGUGUGAUGGACAGCAAGAUGGUUCAUUAUAUCACCAACCAUGCUGACAAGAUCGAGUCCAUCCAUUUCUCUGACCAAUUUUCUGGUACAAAAGUUGUGCAAGAGGAUGGACAGCCCUUAAAACUGCCUGAGACCAAGAAGACACUGCUGUUUACAUUUAAUGUGCCUGGCAUGGGGAACACAUCUCCCAAAGACAUGGACACUCUGCUACCCCUGAUGAACAUGGUCAUCUACAGCAUCGACAAGGUCAAGAAGCUCCGCCUCAACAGAGAGGGAAAACAGAAGGCGGAUAAGAACCGUGCCCGUGUGGAGGAGAACUUCCUGAAGCAGACCCACAAUCAGCGCCAGGAGGCUGCUCAGACCCGACGGGAGGAGAAGAAGAGGGCUGAGAAGGAGAGGAUCAUGAGCGAGGAGGAUCCUGAGAGACAGCGCCGCCUGGAGGAGGCUGCUCAACGUCGUGAUCAGAAGAAGAUUGAGAAGAAGCAGAUGAAGAUGAAGCAGAUCAAAGUCAAAGCCAUGUGAGGACAGACAGCUACAGGGAUUCAAUCACACAGCUCAGACGGUUUCCACUGCUUCCAUCCAUCUCUCUCACUUCAGCGCCCAGUUCUGGCUCACAGGCUCACACAGACAUUCCCUUCUCCAUGGGUGUGUCAAGCAGGUUCCCUGUUUCUGUUCUCAUGGAAACACUUUGUCCAAUCAGAGUGGUGUUUUCCUUGGCUGUGAGUGAGCUGCUAGUGACAAGCGAGAGGGACAGAGGAGUUUUGCAUAUCAAGUCUGUCGCCAUGACGACCCGUGCAAGUUUUUUUUUUUUUUUUUGACUUUUUCUUCUGCCUAGGUUUUCAUUGCUCUUUUCAAAGCAAGUCGGCUCAAUGAGCCUAUUAAUCAAAUCGACAAGGAUUGGGGGUUGCACCUCUUGGUGGGAAAUAAAAUGCUCAUAUUUUAAAAGGAAUGAAGGCAUGUGAGGCCUGUUUGAGUUAUUAAGUUAACACUGUGGAUGCUACAAGACGAGAUGCAAAGUAUCCAAUUUUAAUUUAUAUCUACAGUGGGGAGAACAAGUAUUUGAUACACUGCCGAUUUUGCAGGUUUUCCUACUUACAAAGCAUGUAGAGGUCUGUAAUUUUUAUCAUAGGUACACUUCAACUGUGAGAGACAGAAUUUAAAACAAAAAUCUAGAAAAUCACAUUGUAUGAUUUUUAAGUAAUUAAUUUGCAUUUUAUCGCAUGACAUAAGUAUUUGAUCACCUACCAACCAGUAAGAAUUCCGGAUCUCACAGCUCUCACUGUUCUCCACUCAUUACCUGUAUUAACUGCACCUGUUUGAACUCCUUACCUGUGUAAAAGACACCUGUCCACACACUCAAUCAAACAGACUCCAACCUCUCCACAAUGGCCAAGACCAGAGAGCUGUGUAAGGACACCGGGGACAAAAUUGUAGACCUGCACAAGGCUGGGAUGGGCUACAGGACAAUAGGCAAGCAGCUUGGAAGAAGUUCAAGAUGACGGUCAAUCACUCUCGGUCUGGGGCUCCAUGCAAGAUCUCACCUCGUGGGGCAUCAAUGAUCAUGAGGAAGAUGAGGGAUCAGCCCAGAACUACACGGCAGGACCUGGUCAAUGACCUGAAGAGAGCUGGGACCACAGUCUCAAAGAAAACUAUUAGUAACACACUACAUGGAUUAAAAUCCUGCAGCGCACGCAAGGUCCCCCUGCUCAAGCCAGCGCAUGUCCAGGCCCGUCUGAAGUUUGCCAAUGACCAUCUGGAUGAUCCAGAGCAGGAAUGGGAGAAGGUCAUGUGGUCUGAUGAGACAAAAAUAGAGCUUUUUGGUCUAAACUCCACUCACCGUGUUUGGAGGAAGAAGAUGGAUGAGUACAACCCCAAGAACACCAUCUCAACCGUGAAGCAUGGAGGUGGAAACAUCAUUAUUUGGGGAUGCUUUUCUGCAAAGGGGACAGGACGACUGUACCGUAUUGAGGGGAGGAUGGAUGGGGCCAUGUAUAGCGAGAUCUUGGCCAACGACCUCCUUCCCUCAGUAAGAGCAUUGAAGAUGGGUCGUGGCUGGGUCUUCCAGCAUGACAACGACCCGAAACACACAGCCAGGGCAACUAAGGAGUGGCUCCGUAAGAAGCAUCUCAAGGUCCUGGAGUGGCCUAGCCAGUCUCCAGACCUGAACCCAAUAGAAAAUCUUUGGAGGGAGCUGAAAGUCCGUAUUGCCCAGCGACAGCCCCAAAACCUGAAGGAUCUGGAGAAGGUCUGUAUGGAGGAGUGGGCCAAAAUCCCUGCUGCAGUGUGUGCAAACCUGGUCAAGAACUACAGGAAAAGUAUGAUCUUUGUAAUUGCAAACACAGGUUUCUGUACCAAGUAUUAAGUUCUGCUUUUCUGAUGUAUCAAAUACUUAUGUCAUGCAAUAAAAUGCAAAUGAAUUACUUAAAAAUCAUACAAUGUAAUUUUCUGGAUUUUUGUUUUAAAUUCCAUCUCUCACAGUUGAAGUGUACCUAUGAUAAAAAUGACAGACCUUUACAUGCUUUGAAAGUAGGAAACACUGCCGAUUUUGCAGGUUAUCAAAUACUUGUUCUCCCCACUGUAAGUGACAGUCCUUACACGUUAUGUCUGUCUGGUGAAUUUCUAAGCAAACAAUAAAAUGCACUGGAAGUUA